GGCUCCAACGUCUCCUUCCUUCCUGGUUCCUGCAGCAGCUGCUGCCACUGCUCAGCUCCGCGAGGAGGGAGCCAGUGACUCAGAAGCAGAGCGCUGUGCGGGCCAAGGAGCACUGGCGUCCAUGGACCUUGGGGUCCCCCUCGGGAGCAGGUGACGCCUUUCCCUUCCCAGCUGCUCUGUAUUGCUAGCCAGGAGUGGCCUCUCCCUCCUCCAUGGAUGUCCAAGAGAGGGAACCCCCGUCCCUGGCCCAGAACUCUCAGUCCUCAAAGCCCAGCAGUGCCCAGCAGGCCUCGGAGCUGUGGGAGGUGCUGGAGGAGCCCCGCAGCAGGUUGGGGGCAGAGGGGGUCCGGCCUGAGAGGCAGGAAGGCCACCUGCUCAAGAAGAGGAAGUGGCCUCUGAAGGGCUGGCACAAGAGAUACUUUGUACUUGAGGACGGCAUCCUUCACUAUGCGACCACCCGCCAAGACAUCACCAAGGGGAAGCUCCAUGGCUCCAUCGAUGUCCGGCUGUCGGUCAUGUCCAUCAACAAGAAGGCCCAGCGCAUUGACCUUGACACUGAAGACAACAUCUACCACCUCAAGAUCCAAUCCCAGGACCUGUUCCAGAGCUGGGUGACCCAGCUGCGUGCCCACCGCCUGGCCCAGCGCCUGGACACGGCCCGAGGCCUGCCCAGCGCUGCUCAGCGGAAGGUUCCCGGCACUCAGCUUCCGAUGGCAGGCAGUGCCGCGGCCCUGCCUGGGGUUGGGCCUCGGGAGAAGGUGUCUUCCUGGCUGAGGGACAGUGAUGGGCUGGACCGCUGCUCUCAUGAGCUCUCUGAGUGUCAGGGGAAGCUGCAGGAGCUACACAGACUCCUCCAGAGCCUGGAAUCCCUGCACCGCAUCCCCUCAGCCCCUGUGAUCCCCACACACCAGGCUUCAGUGACCACCGAGAGACCCAAGAAGGGGAAGCGGAGCAGCCGCAUGUGGUGCACACAGAGCUUCGCCAAGGAUGACACCAUCGGGCGGGUUGGUCGUCUGCACGGCUCCGUCCCCAACCUGUCUCGCUACCUGGAGUCUCGGGACUCCUCAGGCCCCCGGGGGCUGCCCCCCCCAGACUACGCCCACCUGCAGCGCAGUUUCUGGGCCCUGGCACAGAAGGUGCACAACUCCCUCAGCAGUGUCCUGGCCGCCCUCACUGCUGAACGUGAUCGACUCCGGGACCUGCACCCGGGCUCAGAGCUGUCCAGGACGGGGAUCUCCGAGGCCCCCGCCGGCCAGAGGCGCCUCCACUCGCUGUCCAUCUCCUCGGACACCACGGCCGACUCCUUCAGUUCCCUCAACCCCGAGGAGCAAGAGGCUCUGUACAUGAAGGGGCGAGAGCUGACGCCCCAGCAGUCGCAGAGCAGCGUCCUGUCCCUGGCCGAUUCCCACACGGAGUUCUUUGAUGCCUGCGAGGUUCUGCUGUCCGCCAGCUCUUCCGAGAAUGAGGGCUCAGAAGAGGAGGAGUCGUGCACCAGCGAAGUCACCACCAGCCUGUCCGAGGAGGUGCUGGAUCUCAGGGGAGCUGAGCGCUGUCCGCAAGGGGGCUGUGUUCCAGGGAGACCUGCCGGGCCCCCGCGCCGCCGCUGCCUGCCCGCGGCCAGCGGCCCCGGCGCCGACGUCAGCUUGUGGAACAUUCUUCGCAACAACAUCGGCAAAGACCUGUCCAAGGUGUCGAUGCCGGUGCAGCUCAACGAGCCGCUCAACACUCUGCAGCGCCUCUGCGAGGAACUCGAGUAUAGCAGCCUCUUGGACCAGGCCAGCCGCAUCGCGGACCCCUGCGAGCGCAUGGUGUACAUCGCCGCCUUUGCGGUCUCGGCCUACUCCUCCACGUACCACCGCGCGGGCUGCAAGCCCUUUAACCCGGUCCUCGGGGAGACCUACGAGUGUGAGCGGCCCGACCGCGGCUUCCGCUUCAUUAGUGAGCAGGUCUCCCACCAUCCCCCGAUCUCGGCGUGCCAUGCGGAGUCUGAGAACUUCGUCUUCUGGCAAGACAUGAAGUGGAAGAACAAGUUCUGGGGCAAAUCCCUGGAGAUCGUGCCAGUGGGGAUGGUCAAUGUCAGCUUGCCCAGGUUUGGGGACCACUUCGAGUGGAACAAGGUGACAUCCUGCAUCCACAACAUCCUGAGUGGCCAGCGCUGGAUCGAGCACUACGGGGAGGUGCUCAUCCGGAACACAAAGGACAGCUCCUGCCACUGCAAGAUCACCUUCUGCAAGGCCAAGUACUGGAGCUCCAAUGUGCACGAGGUGCAGGGUGCCGUGUUCAGCCGGAGCGGCCGUGUGCUCCACCGGCUCUUCGGGAAGUGGCACGAGGGGCUGUACCGGGGACCCCCGCCAGGUGGUCAGUGCAUCUGGAAACCCAACUCAAUGCCCCCAAACCAUGAGCGAAACUUCGGCUUCACUCAGUUUGCCUUGGAGCUGAAUGAGCUGACUGCGGAGCUGAAGCGGACGCUGCCUUCCACCGACACGCGGCUGCGGCCCGACCAGCGGUACCUGGAGGAGGGGAACGUGCAGGCUGCCGAGGCCCAGAAGAGAAGGAUCGAGCAGCUGCAGCGGGACCGGCGCAGAGUGAUGGAGGAGAACCACAUCGCCCACCAGGCUCGCUUCUUCAGGCGGCAGACAGACAGCAGCGGCAAGGAGUGGUGGGUGACCAACAACACCUACUGGAGGCUGCGGGCCGAGCCCGGCUAUGGGAACCUGGACGGGGCCGUGCUCUGGUAGCCCUGGCCCUGGGGGCAGGGGGACCCGGGGCCUCACUCCUCCUGCCCCCAGCCCUGCCACAGACACAUGGGUGGGGCCGGGCUCCUCCCUCACUGCCCUUCAAUCAAAGGGGCAGCCCUGGCGGUGGCCCCCCUCUGCUGGCUAGAGGGCCGGCCGGCAUCUCAGCUCCUCGCCACCCAGUGGCUGGGUGAGAAGCAGCAUCCAGGCUUCCCCAGUCUUGUUGCCCCAACAGCCGGCAUGUAAGCUCCGUCAUCCCCUCCCUGUCCCCCAUGGGGUGCUCGGGGGAGACCCCAGGCUCCCAGGGGCUGCUCCCCACUUCAGUGCCUUCUUAGGACACAGGGGACCCCUGAUGCUCCCCAGGCAUUCUAUGCCCAGGGUUCUGAGAGGUUCAAGUGAGUGAGGGAGCAGACACGGCCUCUUCUGCUCUGCCCAGCCCCGCUGCUCUCCAGCACCGGUUCCCCUCGCCCUGGCCCAGCAGGACCUUCUCCCGCUCCUAUGGCCGCUCCCUGGCCAGUCCUCCGUCCCCCCACAUCCCCUUGCCCCAAACUGCACAGCGCCUGCAGCUGCCCGCCCCUGCGCCCUGACCCGCAAGCGGUUCCCUUCCGUCUCAGUCAGCAGAUCCCCCAUGCACGACGCCUCUUGGAGAGGCGGGGAGCAGACGAGGCGCCUGGCCUCAGACCCACUGGGAGCGAGUGAACAGGUGUGAGUGCGGACGUCCGUGUAGGAGAGCGUGUGCGCAUGCGUGUGUGCCCGCAUCCUGCUUGCCGGCGAGCAGGAUCCCUUAACGGAGCCAGGACAGCCCUGCGCUGGGCGCCGGCCACAGCUGCUGCUCCUUUCCUGGAGGCUGCCCUCUGGCGCAGGGGAACUGCUAUUACAUUCCAAGCCCCAAUAAAGACUCCCAGACUUUGGCCUGUGACCAUUCACUGGAAAAGGCGUGUGCUCGUCGGGGAAGGCCCUUGGCCACUGUCCUGGGUUGAAUGCUGUCCCGCGAGGAGACGUGUUCCUGGCUCCUGUCAAUGUGACUUUGCUCAGAAAUGGGGUCUUUGCGAAUUGAGUCAAGUUCAAAUGAGGUCAUGGUGCGUGGUGACUGAUGUCCUUGUAAGAAGAGCAAAAUGUGGGCGCCCAGACAUGCACAGAGGGAAGGUGACCGUGUGCAAGAGACACGGGGCAGCAGGCCACGUGCAGGGGGAGGCAGAGACUCAACUGAUGCAUCCACAAGCCAGGCGCGCCAGGGGUUGCUGGAAACCAUCAGAAGCCAGGAAGAGGCAUGGACGAGGCUGAGAGAGAGAGAGAGACAGACAGACAUCCUUCUGGGCCUCCCAGCGGAACCGACCCUGCCGACAUCUUCAUUCUCUUCAUUCAGCCCUCUGGCCUCAGCUGUGAGAGAAUCAAUGUCUGAUUUUAAACCACCCAGCCCGAGGCUGCUGCAAUAAGU